GUUCUCACCCGCGGCAGUUACACCCUGCAUGUGGCAUGCUCAUCAUCGAUAAUUUAUUCGGAUGCGCUGUCCAUCACAGAGGUGUUGGCUCAGGAUGACAACCUUAUCAUCUACAACGGCUGGGGCACUGCAGAUUGCGACGUGAUUCCACCAGACAGAGACUACUCUGGCUGCCCGUGUCGUAGCUGGAAUGGUAUCAUUGAGUACCGUUGCGAGGUGGAAUCUGUCUACAGGGACCAGCACCUGCGAAGGCUCGUCGCUGCCAUGCAUCGGGACACCACUUUCGCAGAUGUGGAGAUCCUUUGUGGGAAUCAGAGUUUCCCAGCCCACAGGUUAGUAUUGGCCUCUGCAUCUCCGGUCUUUGCGAAGAUGCUGCAAGCAGAAAUGAAAGAAGCCUGCACUGGAAGAAUAACAAUCGAGGACGUACCUCCUGAAGUGGUCGCAAAAGCUUUGCGAUACAUGUACACAGGCGAAGUCGCCGACGAUGUUGAUAUUGAGUCCUUGGGCUUCGCCCACAAGUACGACAUCACAGGCAUGAUGCAGCCUGUCAGCAGCAAGAUCCUGAAGAACCUCUCUCCAGACAAUGUCUCUGCCACCGUGCGGUCUCUGCGUCCAUACAAGCGUGCGCACCCGGACGCGGAUUCGGAGAACGGAUUAUCGGAACUACAUGCUCGCGUUCGACAGCGUGUGCUGAAGGAUCUGAAGUUGAUCGAGGCUUGCUUAGACGGACUGUAA